AUGCCCGCAACAUGGUUCCUCCUCCCAGACUUUACCUUCACCGCCGACGGCCCUCUCCGCAUGGGCAUGGUGAUUCCGCACUGGUCCAGGCCGACCACGGUCCUCGCCGACGUGGCCUCCGGCGCCGCCGGCGAAAUCAAGCUGCCGGCGCUCAAGACCAUUGUAGAACCAAACCACACCCACUCGCGCUCGCGCUCGCGGUCCGACAGCCUCAGCCUAUGGUCCAAGUUUGAAGGCCUCGCGUCCGCAUCGGCCGGCGCAGGCGUCGGGAAGAACAACAGCGUCGACUAUGGCAAGACGGACCACGAGGUCCGAACUUUCCGAGACCCGCUGAUGCCGGAGACGGUGGCGGCCAUUGCCAACCUCCCGGCGGUCCGUGCCCAGAUCGACUCGGGCGUGUUUGGCAAGCGCCCCGUCUACAUUGUCUCGGGGCUGCGAAUCGCCACCUCGUCUUUUACCGUGGCCAGGGGGCAGGGUUCGGAUUUCACCAUGGAGGCUGCGGGGUCUGGCCCGCCUGCUGGUACGAUACCCGCCGAGGUUGGCGGGAGAAUGAAGCACGAGGGGCUGGCAAAGCUCACCGACUCGUAUGACACGGCGUCUGGGGUCGUGUUUGCGUACCGACUCUGCGUUAUUAGAACCCGACGGGCGGGGGUAGAGACGGAAAUGUUUAGCCACAAGAGCGCAUUCCUGGGGGAUGCUGGAAAGAAAGAGGCGGUGCCGUUGGUCUUUGGCGAAGCCACAAAGGACGAAAUUGAUGGAGACUUGGAGGAAGAGAUCGAGUACGAAAGCGCAGAGAUUGGAGAGGACGAGCUGUGCAUCUCUAUCUCGCUUAAAAACUGA